AUGACAUGGUGCAAUAAUAACCCAGUAGAUGAAAGAGCCAUUCAAUUAGUCACGGCUAACCCAAAAGAAGAUACUUUUGUCGAUGCAAAAGCAGAUGAAAUUCGGAGCAUAACUUGCCCUUCAUGUGGCCACUAUAUUGAAAUCCAAGAUCAGGGUGGUAUAAUUCAUGAUUUGCCGGGACUACCAGCAGGAGUGAAGUUCGAUCCGACUGACCAAGAAAUACUUGAACAUUUAGAAGCGAAGGUGUUAUCAGAUACGCGUAAAAUCCAUCCUCUAAUCCAUGAGUUUAUCCCAACAAUAGAGGGGGAGAAUGGAAUUUGCUACACUCAUCCUGAGAAGCUACCAGGAGUAAGCAGUGAUGGUCAAAUCCGCCACUUCUUUCAUCGACCGUCAAAGGCAUACACAACCGGAACUAGAAAACGGAGAAAGGUGCACACUGAUGAAGAUGGAAGUGAAACCAGAUGGCACAAAACAGGCAAGACUAGGCCAGUUUUUGCCGGCGGGACAGUGAAGGGAUUCAAAAAAAUUCUGGUGCUUUACACUAAUUAUGGUAGGCAAAGGAAACCUGAAAAGACAAACUGGGUCAUGCAUCAAUACCAUCUUGGAAACAAUGAAGAAGAGAAAGAUGGAGAGCUAGUGGUUUCAAAAGUUUUCUAUCAAACUCAGCCUAGGCAAUGUAGUUCAAGCGUGAAGGAUCCAAUUGGGAAUAAGUCGACGAAUCAAAGUGGUCAUAUUGAUAAUAUUCACCCCCUAGCCAAGAACAGUUCAGGUCUCCUUGAGUUCUAUAAUCCAUCGUAUAUUUCAUAUGAUCAUGGGAAUCAUAGCAGUGAAAUCCCACCUCAAUUCCUCCCCAAUUUGGUUGUUCAAGGUGACGGGUCUUCCUUUAUUAGAUUAGCUGAAGAGACAAGCAAAGGAAAGCUUCAGAGAAAACAGUGA